UAUUAUUUAAUUAAGUAUUAUAAUCUUUCUAUUAUAUCACCUUGGUUAGUUCUUGUUCAUAUUUCCUCAUGGAAUUAGUACUUUAACAAAUAUUUUUCAUAGAUAUAUACGAUUGUACAGCUGGAUAAUAAAUUCGUUGAAAUGAGAUCCCUUCGUUGAACUUUAUGUUUUUAAUUUUUAAAUGAGUAUUUACCAAUUUACAUGUUUGUAUCGACAUACAUAUAUACGGAGGAAUAAUCGAACAAUACAAUCAAAAAUCAUUGAACAUGUGAGUAGAUGGUUACAAAAUCAAUGUGUAUCAAAUGAUCCGAUUAAUGUGACAGAUAAAAAACCAUGUUCAUCGAUAACUGAAAUUCACAUUAAUACAGCUUUUAAAAUGUUGUAUAGAAAUUAUCAAGGACGAGUUUACAAGCUUCUUGAAGCUUUGACUAUUUGUAAAUAUAAAUCUCGUCUCAUUUAAUUGACCUUUAUUAAUUUUUAUAUAAAAUGCCCUGACAAGUAUAUGUGUGUGUGAUCAGAUUACUGAAAAUGUACAGUGCAAAUAGAUCAUAUUUUUCAGAUCAACUCCGCUAUCUCAUUGUUCUAUCGAAAUUUAUAAAAUGCACUAAUUGCUCUAAAUGAUUAUUAUGUCAUUUAUUUUAUUUCACUUUAUAAACAAUCAACACGUGAAUACACACAUACAUACAUACACUCAUGAAUGCAUAUAUUCUUAAAGGUUAAAAUGGUAAAUUAUAAACUACUUUACUUGAUCAAUUUCAUCUUUGGCCGUAUUCAACAAUUCCAUGGUCUAUGCAUUAAAAAAAGUAGAUUUGAUUAUAUACCUUCUCAUGACCGUUUUGCAUGCUCAGUGUUCAUGACGUUCAAAACGCUUCAAAAUUUGUCUGAAUUUUGACUUCUGCAAUCCCCAUAGAUAGUCCAGAAGCCUGGAAUUGUUAUCUAGAGGCUAACUGUAGCAAACACUUGUGAUUGGACCAGUUUGUCACAGCUUUCAAAGUACUACCUUAUGAAGUGGGAAGAUAUAUCGCAUCAAAUGAACUGGGUAUAAAAAUCUCGAAACUGUACGGGCAAUUUGAAAAGAUCGUGCUCCCACAAAGAGGUUUAACUGACUGACAACGAUUAGACGAAAUCUUUAAUACUGAAUAUCAACAGAUGGAGAAGUUAUUGACCUACGUAUUUUUGACGAAAGUGCAUUCCAACGUGAUGUCCUAUUCAGAAUUUCACAAGAAGUGCAUACAAACUUUGUAUUCAUCCAAAAUAAUCUAACAAAUGAGUAAGCCUCUCAAUACAUCGGCCUUCGAGGAUCGCAAAAUCCUGCAGCGGUAAAGAAAUCUUCAAAAUCCAACAACACAAACGACCGGUGUAAUGCCUCUUUUGAUAGUUUGGGUGCGUUGGCAUUCUACAGUCAAUGUAACAAAUUCAUUUCUAAAGCUUCAUUCUACAACUUAUGACAUGAUAAUGGAAUCUAACAGGAGUGUUCUAAGUGUUUACCUGUGACUUUGUAGUGGAAAGUAAAUCCCUAAAAUCAAUAGCUCUGUAAGUCUUUGAUUUUUGAUUCUGACCUCAUUAGUUUUAAUGGACUCGCCUUUUCUCUUCUGAUUUGGCUGGAUUGGCGAACUUGGAAUACUAAACGUGUUACUGGUUCAGGCGUUGUCAAUCUUCGAAUACAUCUGGCACCUUUAAGUCAUUAUCACGGAAAUUCGUUACAUUGAGAUAAAUGCAAUUGAAUAUCUCUGCGAUACACACAUCGUUCCUAAUUCUCGAACACCAAAUCCAAAUUCUUCACGUGAAAGAUAUGCCUUUCUUUCAUACAUGAAAAAGAGCCAAAUUUAUAUAGAGACCAAAACACAUCGUAAAUCUCUAAUCUAUAAAAGAGCAGCCGAGGCAAUCGACAAAACUUACGAGAAAACUUGACGGAAGUAGCUGUUUACGUAUGUAAAUGACCUUCCUCGUCUACUAUCAUCAUUCGCCUUGCUAUAUGCUGACGAUGCCAAGAUGUGGAGGGUGAUAAUAAGUAAACUUGAUAGCUUGGAACUUCAAAAUAACCUGGAGGAAUUACUUGAAUGGUUUCAAACUUGGCAGUUGCCGAUUGAUACUUCCAAGUGUAUUGUGAUGCAUAUCGGUCAUCAAGGUACAGAUACAUACGCGGUAAAAAACACUGAACUACCUGUUGUCCAGACUCACAAUGACUUGGGAGUAAUCGUUAGCCAAGACUUGAAAACUACUGCACACUGCUGUGCAAUAGUAGCCAAAGUUUUUAGAACCUUAUGGUCAAUACUUAUAGUCUUUAUUCAAGUCGACGCUCAAACGUUUUUGACUUUGUAUGUAGUGUUCGUGCGUCCUAAACUCGAGUACUGUAUGCAAGUGGCUAGCCCCCGCCUAAAAAAGACAGCGGGCUUCUAGAACAGGUUCAGAGAAUAGAAGCUAAACUGAUUCCCGGAAUAGCGAAGCUCCAGUACGAUGCUCGACUGGCUAAACUAAACCUAUUCCCAGUGUCAUGCCGAAGAACCAGAUGCAACUUGAUAACAGUUUCUAAAUCAAUUAGUGAUAAAUUUGUAUCUGACAUGUUCACAUUUUUUUGUCUUUCGCGAGCAUAGAAAAAUUACCUGUCAGCUGACUCGACUUUCCUAUCGAAUUAUCAACGAGUGGGAUUCAUUAGCUCAACACGUGAUUGGAUCUUCAUCUGUCGACUGUUUCGAAAGAAACUUUGAUCGAAUGAGAGGACACCUUUGCCAUGACUUACACAGGCCGCCUAGCGUUUUGUCCUUACCAAACUGAAACUGAUAUUCUUAGGGACUCAGGACAGUAUCUAAUAAUAAUUUACUGAUAUUAUUACUUUAGUCGUUUAAUAUACCUUGAUUCCUAUCUCACAGAACCGUUUGUUCGCUUCUUGAUACGGAGGCCUGUUGAGUGAAAGCUUCUUUUAUUCAGUUCAAAACCUUUUGAAUCAUUUUAGAUCCCUCUUAAACACCUACUUAAGCUUAGUUCGAAGACUAACCUAAGCUGUAACACCCAAAAACUGGAGACGCAACAUAGCAAGGCGGAAUGUAGACAUAAAUUCUACUCCUUAAGAGUUGUCAAAUACUGGAACUCGCUGUCGGCCGAGCUAGUCCAAGCGACGUCCCAGGAGUCCUUCAAGAUGCAACUUGACUUAUUCUUAAGGACCAAGGACAGCAUCAUACUAUGAUUUACCAGUUUCUUUUUCCUCUUUCACUGUUAACAUACCUAGGUUCCUGUCUGGAGGGUUUGGUGAUCCUCUGCUACUAGACACGGAAGCCUGUUAAGCGAAAGCUUCUUCUAUUCCGUCCACAACCAUUUGAACCACUUUGAACCAGUAGCGCGUCAGUCAAAAAGUAACGCAACAAAUAGGCGUGUUUCGCUACUUUCUUAUGUGUUUGUUGCAGACGUUUCUUGCUUGAAUUAAUAAUGAAGUAUCUGUGAAUUGUGUGUGAAAUUGAAAAAGAAAAAUGAGUAAAAAUAAAGUUCGCCAGCAUUCUAGUCGUCGUAAAAGGUACAAAGAAGUGGUUCAAUCACGUGUGAACAGUAAAACUCCUGUUCAAUAUACUCGUCGAUUAAAAACAAAAAAGCAUAAAAAAUUAAAAAAUAUUGGCGCAAAUAAUUCAAAUUUAGAAAUAUACAAUCGUCCACCUAAAUUUAAUGAUGAAAAUUAUGUUCCAGCUAGUUUUAAACAAAUGUUACUUAUGAAAGAUGGUAAAUGGAAAACUCUAUUUGAUCCAGCUGUUGGAGAUACUAAAGGUAUGAAGAAAAAAGAUGAUCCAGUUCCUGUCUUGAAACAAGGUAAACAUGAAUCAGAUGCUCAUUAUUUGGGACGACUUCAUAAAGAAGUUGAAGAUGAAUUAAAUAAGGUGGAAUUCUCCAAGAAACAACGAACUGAACUUAUUCCUAUUACAGAAGUUAAACAAAGUAAAAAGAAACGUAAAGCUAUAAAACGUUUAAAUGAGAAACGUAAAGAAAAACGUUUACGUACUAUUGAAAAACGUUUAACAGGGUUUGAACACUUACAAGAUAAAGUGAAAUUCAAUGAAGUUGUUAUGGCACCUCCAUUACAAUUGACUAAACCUAAAAUGGUAUUUAAGAAAAAAUUGGAUCAAAUACAUAGUUUAGACAAAUUGUUAACAACGUGAAUUACAAUCCUAUCCUUUGUACAUCUAUGCUGAUUUCGAUUAAUUAUAUAAAGAGAAUUGUUGAUACAUACUGAACUGAGAUUUCAUUGUUCUAGAUUAUACUUUAACUAGUGUAGUAGUGUUCAUUUGUUGAGGGUUAAAGAUAAAACAAUAAUUACAAUGUCUUAUUAAAGAUGAUAACUUGAAUAUAAAUAAUGAUAAAUUGUAUGCAUGGAUGGAUAGUGGUUAGCAGUGUAGUCGAGUUUGACGCUCGUUUUGUCCUAUUUGGGACUCGUCAGGUGGAUGUACCUGCAUCUCAGUGUUUAUGUUCACUCUGGGACUCGAACUCAGUAUCGUUCGCUUGAAACACCAUCGCGUUAUCCACUUAGCUACUAAGUCCUGAUAGCCACUUGCUUAUGCGAUGGG